AUGAGAUUGCAAGAAGACCAUGCACCAGAAAACUGCAAGAUAUGCCACACCCCAGAAGAAAAAAACAAAGCACUAAUCACCCCAUGCAAGUGCACAAUAAAAGUACAUUCCUCCUGCAUGCUGGCAAUAAUUCAUAAAACACGCCAGGAGACCUGUCCCAACUGUGCCCACCCCAUGAAACUAAAAAAACUUUAUUGCAACAAGACUUAUGCCAUACUAAAAAAUACCAUAAAAUAUAUUAAAAAUAUUUUCAGGCACAGAAGGGCUCCAAUGGUCCCCCCUUGGAGAAUGAUUUUCCAUAAAAUAUCAACCCACAUCAGGUACACCAUCAUGCGCACCAUAAGAGUGGAUCACUUAAAUAUUCUGUACGAUAAAAUUAACAAGCUAAUAAUACUCCAAGAAUACAACGACGCAUUCAUUAAUCAUACAAGAAUUAUUGCAGAAAGCGCCAAAAGCCCAGUUAGUCUGCAGAAUAUCUUCAAUGUAAUUAUAUACGAAGAUACACCAAAUACAACAAGAAUUAAUAAUCCAUUGAUAAAUUGGUCUAUUUUCUUACAGGAAAAUAUAUUAGUCACAAUUACAACAGGAAUAGUUCCAUUACUUUUUACACUAUAUGUAAUAAUUCUUGGAAUAAUGAAAACCCGAGGCGUCUUAAACCAUAGACGAUAUGCUGUGAUAUUUCAUAUAUUGCACAUAUACAGCAAGAUAUGCAUUAUGCUUUGGUUACGGUACGUGGCCCUUCCUUAUGGAAUAUCUCGGGUUAUAACGGGUUUUGCCGUUGAAAUUAUACUAAUUCUUGAAAAAAUGGCAGUUUUAGACAGAUUUAUGGUACUAGGUGUAUAUCCUGCAUAUAUUCACGUUAUUUUUGGGAAUUUAGUCAUAAUUACAACGGAGUCAUUGAUUACUGAAGGAUUUAGUCAUGUUAUUAGGCCGGGAUUAGUGAAUUCCUUGUGCCCCACUGAAUUAACCUUAGAGAAUAUUAUAAAAGACAGGGUAAUCACUGUAAUAUGCGGGUACACACGGGUUCUAACCAUGUUCAUUGGGUUUGCCGCAGGGUUAGCAUGCACCCACUUGCUGUUCUGGUAUUCUAGCAUAUAUUUCCAGGAGUUAUUUAAUUUUCCAAAAAUAUCCGAGUGGCAAUCUCCUUAUCUGCAAGAUAUUUACAUUUUCCUCCUGUUUUUAAACUUGUUUUUUGAAUAUUUCCCGAUUAGGAAGACUUCCCAAUUAGUCCACAACUUUUUGAAAAAUAUUCCUAUAUUUUUAUCAAAAAUUUUGGAAAUAAAUUCCUUUAUUUUCAACGAAAAAAUCCUCCCAGAUACAAACCCGACUAACUUAAAAUAUUUUCCAUCAAAAAAUAUUCCAUACAGCCACGAAGAGAUAAAAAAAAGAGCCAUAAUUCCUGUCACAGAUGACGAAAAAAAUAUUUAUUUUGAUGGAAAUGGAGAGAUAAGGAAGUUAACCCUCAGCAAAUUUGAAUAUUCUGAAAUUCAAUGGGAUAACAAUAUUAUUACACACAGAAAGGCAGAGUUAUUGUAUAAUCCAAUGUAUUCAUUAUAUUCUGUGCCUAAAUUCUGGUUAUUUCGCGUUGUAAUAUUCAUUUUUAGUCUAUCCCUAGGGCUAUCACUAAUUAUAUACGGGAUUACACUGGGAGUUAGUCUAUUUUUAUUCGGAUUAUUUAGGGUUACAUCGGGUUAUAACGGGUUAAAUCGGGUUAUGUCAGGUUAUAUCGGGCUGAAAUCAGGUUAUUUCGGGUUAAAUCAGGUUUUGAUCUGGCCCUUAGUCAUAAUUACAACGGGAACUGGGGUAUUGUUGAUGGGGAAGGGUAGGCGUCUUAUGACUGGUCUAUUUUGGAUUAUUUAUAUGUGCUUAGUCCCAUUUAUAUCUGUUGUAAUAUAUGCUUUAAUUAAUUCAUGCAUGCCAGAACUUAUGGCCCUUUGUAACGUAAGCUUUGAGAAUAUUGUUUGGAGCAUGUCAAUUAUAAUGGGGAGCAUGGUUAUGCUGGGAUAUGGUUACGCAUCUGUUCUGUUUUGGAUGGUUCGGGUUAUUUUAAUGUUAGUUUACUAUAACUUGGGAUAUAUUUAUAUUAAGGCGAAAAUAACGGAUAUUUCCUUAUUUGGCAAGCUAAUAAUUGUUAUGUUUCCUUAUUUGGUAAGCACUAUAUUUAUUCUAUUUUGGGAAAUUUGCUUAUUUAUAAGGAAAUUGCCUUAUAUGGUAAUAUCAUGUUUUAGUGAGAAGGUGUGCGAGGUCGUUCUUCUGAACUAUCCAGAUUAUUAA